GUAAAAAGGCUGAAGACAGAAGAAGGCUUGUCUCUCUCACAAUCUCUCUCUCUAUAUAUACAUUUUCAUUGCUUGGGUGAAGUUACUGCUACAAUUGUUCCUCAUGGCGAAAUCACCAGAGACGGAGCACCCAGUGAAGGCCUUCGGAUGGGCGGCUAGAGACAACUCUGGUGUUCUCUCUCCAUUCAAAUUCUCCAGAAGGGCAACAGGUGAGAAAGAUGUGAAGUUCAAGGUGUUGUAUUGUGGGAUCUGUCACUCUGAUCUUCACUGCAUCAAGAACGAAUGGGGAUUCUCUAUGUAUCCUAUCCUCCCAGGGCAUGAGGUUGUGGGCGUAGUGACUGAGGUGGGUAGCAAGGUAGAGAAAUUCAAAGUUGGGGACAAAGUUGGUGUGGGUUGUUUGGUUGGAUCGUGCCGCUCAUGUGACAACUGCGCUAAAGAUCUUGAGAACUACUGUCCUAAACUGUUGCUCACUUACAAUUCAAUCUACUAUGAUGGAACAGUCACAUAUGGAGGUUACUCUGAUACCAUGGUUGCUGACGAGCACUUUGUGGUUAACUGGCCUGAAAGCCUGCCUCUUGAUGCUGGUGCUCCCCUCCUGUGCGCGGGGAUUACAACUUAUAGCCCUCUGAAAUAUUUUGGACUCGACAAGCCGGGUAAACAUGUGGGCGUGGUAGGUCUAGGGGGUCUCGGCCACGUAGCUGUGAAGUUUGCAAAGGCUUUUGGGGUUAAGGUGACGGUGAUCAGUACAUCCCCUAGCAAGAAAGAAGAAGCCAUUGAAAAGCUAGGGGCUGACGCAUUUUUGGUCAGCCGUGACCCGGAUCAGAUGAAGGCUGCUAUGGGCACAAUGGAUGGGAUCAUUGAUACUGUGUCUGCAACUCACCCUAUGUUACCAUUGAUUGGACUGUUGAAGUCACACGGAACGCUGGUCUUGGUCGGUGCACCAGAGAAACCACUAGAGCUACCGGUGUUCCCUUUGCUUAUGGGGAGAAAGAUUGUGGCCGGAAGUAGCAUUGGGGGGUUGAAAGAGACGCAAGAAAUGCUCGAAUUUGCGGCGAAGCACAACAUAACAGCUGAUGUUGAGGUUAUUCCAAUGGACUAUGUGAACACUGCUAUGGAGCGCCUUCAAAAAACUGAUGUUAGAUACCGAUUCGUCCUUGACAUUGGGAACACCCUGAAAGCUCCUCCUUCUUAGCCGUGUAGCUCCUGGAUUUUGGCUUCUGCUUAGGAUGUUUCAUGGUCAGACAAGGGAUCCAUAUUUUAGUAGUUGUGUGUGUGGAAUUGACUUGAUUAGCUUUUCAAGUGCCUUCUAAAUGCUUUGUAUUUUUGGAGGCCGGUUGCCAGGUUCUUUUCAUCUUGUGACCACUAAAAAUUGAACUUGUAGACCUUGUGCUUAUUUAAUGAAAAUGAACAACAAACCUUCCCAUGCUCUA